AUGUCCCACGCACGGUGCAGCGUCAUCCACUGGGGUUCAUUACAAGCCUCCGGUUCUUCACCGACGCCGGAAUCGCAUCACCAACGUUCGGCGAGGCAGCGGGUGAUCCUUUUGUCAUGGCGGCUGAGGGGCGAGUGGUCGUGGGAUUUCACGGUCGUGUGGCGGUCGCAAUCCACAGUCUCGGCGGCAUCAUCUUUGCUCCAGCGCCCCAGUCGUCUAAUGAAUCAAACACUGUCAAUGCUCGUCAAGUGUGAAGAAAUUUGCAAAACUUUCUUAGAAACAAAGAUUAUCUAA